AAAUUAAUAUAUUUUAAAUUAUAAAAUAUUAAAAUAAAAAUGUGAGAAACUACGGAUGUGGUACUUGAAGUUUACCAACAUGAUAUACAUACUAGUGUAGGGCUGUAGGCUUCCUCCACCCGCCAACCCCGGUCACGAUCUUCGUCAACUCCCCCAACCCCACAAGAUCUGCGCUCAUUUUCCCCAGAUGCUGCGGCGCCGCCACCUCCUCCUCCUCCUCCUCGUCGCCGGCGCCGGCGCCUCCUCCUUCCCCGGCGACGGCGGAGAGGAGGGCGGCGCGUGCGACGAGGCGGCGGCGGCGUCGUGGCCGUGGUCGGGCCUGGAGGGGGAGACGGCGCGCGGGGACGAGGUGACGGUGCUGAUCAGCGGGUACUCGGAGCGGCGGCUGCCCCUGCUCCGGUCGGCCGCCGCCGCCUACGCCGCGCACCCGGCCGUGGCGUCCGUGGUGGUGCUCUGGUUCAACCCCUCCACCCCAGAAGCCCUCCUCCGGUCCCCGCCCAUGGCCCCCGGCGUCGCCCUCCACCGCAGCCCCGACCGGUCCCUCAACGCCCGCUUCCUCCCCCGCCGCGCCAUCCGCACCCGCGCCGUCGCCGUGUGCGACGACGACGUCGCCCUCCCCGCGCGCGCCCUCUCCUUCGCCCUCGCCCUCUUCCGCUCCCGCUCCCGCUCCGGCUCCCGCCCCGCGCCCCUCGUCGGCUUCUUCGGCCGCGCCCACGACCUCGACACCGCGCGCCGCGAGUGGGUCUACGCCGCGCGCCGCGACCGCUACUCCAUCCUCCUCGCCAAGUUCCUGCUCCUCCCCGCGCCACUCCUCCGCCGCUACAGCUGCGCCCCCGAGCUCGCCCCCGCGCGCCGCGUCGUCGAGCGCGCGCGCAACUGCGAGGACAUACUCAUGAGCUUCGUCGCCGCCAUGGACGGCGCGGAGCUCGUGCUCGUCGAGGGCAAGGGGGUGCGGGACUGGGGCGAUCCCAGGAACCGGCCCCGCGGCCGAGAAGAGCUAGCGUUAGGGUUCAACGGGAGCGACGGUGGUGGUGGUGGUGGUGGGGAUGAGGAGGAGGGGAUGGAGAGGGUGGGGUUGAGCUCGCGAGGGGAGGAGCAUUGGAGGAAGAGGGGGGAGUGCAUAAGGGAGUUCCACCGAGUGCUCGGCGAAAUGCCGCUGAGGUAUUACUACGGGAGGGUGGUGGAAGGGGUUGAGGAGCAGGGGUUGUGCAACAAGGGUGGCAAAUUGGUACCCUGCGACAAUUGGGACUAGCACUUACUAGUUACCAAGUUACUACUACUACUAUUGUUGGUGUUGUAUUUGUUGUCCUAUUUUUAGAGACAUUUUUGGAAGCAAAAAAAAUAUACUUUUUCAAAAUUUUGAUUUUACUAUCUUAUUUUUUUAAUUUAUUUAAUUUGAAUUGAUCAACGAUUUCACAAUAAAACGUGGAUUAGCUCUUCAGCAACAGCAUCAGCAAAUACUCUCUGUUUUCUUAUUUGAGGCGAUCUUGCUGUUGCCUUUUCACAUUUACACGCACGACGCGACGCGAAACAGAGAGGCUUUAACACGG